CCGGCGUCGGUGCGCUCGGGUCUGGCCCGUGGUCCUCCCGCCCCCGGCGCUUGCCUGCCGCUCGCUCAUUCCGCUGCUGCCGAACUGCCGUCAGCCAACUCGAUAUUCAAGCAUGCUGUUUAUUUCCGCCAAAACCACAAGCCAAAGGAAUAAAAAAUGUCCAUAGCCCUGGCCUUUUAUUCGUGCAGCAAGCACCUCCCCUUCCCCCUUUCCCAAGUAUUUAAGGUGACGCUGGCCCAGCUGAGGAAGUCACAGACACGUGGGCUUUAGUGCCAGCAAGGAUGCUGUAGUCCAGGUAACCUCUCAGAAUGGCAGAAGCUCACCAAGCUGUGGCCUUUCAGUUCACUGUCACUCCAGACGGGAUUGACCUCCAGCUGAGCCAUGAAGCCCUGAAGCAGAUCUGUCUCUCAGGCCUUCAUUCUUGGAAAAAGAAGUUCAUCCGAUUCAAGAAUGGCAUCAUCACCGGUGUGUUCCCGGCCAGUCCUUCCAGCUGGUUCAUCGUGGUGGUGGGUGUGAUGUCAUCCAUGUACACUAAGGUGGACCCUUCCUUAGGGAUGAUCGCGAGGAUCAGCCGUACCCUUGAUGGCACUGGCUACCUGUCCACCCAGACGAAGGAAGUGGUCAGCAGCUUCCUCUUCGGCACGGGCCUGUGGGUGGCGCUCAUCUUCACCAUGCGCUACUCCCUGAAGGUGCUCCUGUCCUACCACGGCUGGAUGUUCGCCGAGCACGGCAAGAUGAGCCGCAGCACCAAGAUCUGGAUGACCAUGGUCAAGAUCUUUUCAGGUCGGAAACCCAUGUUGUAUAGCUUCCAGACCUCUCUGCCUCGCCAACCUGUGCCAGCCGUCAAAGACACCGUGAACAGGUAUCUGGAAUCAGUGAAACCCCUUAUGAAGGAGGAGGACUUUAAACGGAUGACAGUGCUUGCCCAAGAUUUUGCUGUCACUCUUGGACCAAGACUACAGUGGUAUUUGAAGUUAAAGUCCUGGUGGGCCACAAAUUAUGUGAGCGAUUGGUGGGAGGAGUACAUCUACCUCCGGAGCCGAGGGCCACUGAUGGUGAACAGCAACUACUACGCCAUGGAGUUGCUCUAUGUCACCCCAACUCCCAUCCAGGCAGCAAGGGCAGGCAACACCAUCCACGCCAUCCUGCUGUACAGACGCAAGCUGGACCGGGAGGAGAUCAAACCGACCCGCCUUGUUUCUACCAUUCCCCUCUGCUCGGCGCAGUGGGAGCGGUUGUUUAACACCUGCCGGAUCCCCGGGGAGGAGACAGACACCAUCCAGCACCUCAAGGACAGCCGGCACAUUGUCGUAUUCCAUAGGGGGCGCUACUUCAAGGUCUGGCUCUACCACAAUGGGCGCCUGCUGAAGCCCCGAGAGCUGGAGCAGCAGAUGCAGCGGAUCCUGGAUGACCCCUCGGAGCCUCAGCCAGGGGAGGCCACCCUGGCCGCUCUCACUGCCGGAGACAGAAUACCCUGGGCCAAAUGUCGCAAGGCCUACUUCGCACGUGGGAAAAACAAGCAAUCUCUAGAUGCUGUGGAAAAAGCAGCGUUCUUCGUGACACUAGAUGAAACUGAACAAGGAUACAGAAAGGAAGACCCGGAGGUGUCCAUGGACAGCUAUGCCAAGUCCCUCCUGCACGGCCAGUGUUACGACAGGUGGUUUGACAAGUCCCUCACGUAUAUUGUCUUCAAGAAUGGCAAGAUAGGCAUGAACGCAGAGCACUCCUGGGCGGACGCGCCCAUCGUGGCCCACCUUUGGGAGGAGAUUAUGGCCACAGACUGGUUUCAGCUGGGCUAUGAGGAGGACGGACAUUGUAAAGGGAACACCAACCCCAACAUCCCCUGCCCCACCAGGCUACAGUGGGACAUCCCAGAAGCAUGCCGGGAGGUGAUAGCGACCUCCCUGAGCUCCGCAAACCUUCUGGCGAACAAUGUGGACAUGCAUUCCUUCCCAUUCCAUACUUUUGGGAAAGGGCUCAUCAAGAAGUGCCGGACCAGCCCAGAUGCAUUCAUCCAGCUUGCCCUGCAGCUGGCUCACUACAAGGACAUGGGCAAGUUCUGCCUCACGUACGAGGCCUCCAUGACCCGACUCUUCCGAGAGGGGAGGACUGAGACUGUACGCUCCUGCACCACGGAGUCCUGUAACUUCGUGCUAGCUAUGAUGGACCCCACCCAGACGGUUGAGCAGAAGCUCAAGUUGUUCAAGACAGCAAGUGAGAAGCAUCAGCACCUGUACCGCCUGGCCAUGACCGGCGCCGGCAUCGACCGCCAUCUCUUCUGCCUCUAUGUGGUGUCCAAGUACCUCGCUGUGGAGUCCCCUUUCCUAAAAGAGGUUUUAUCUGAGCCUUGGCGAUUGUCUACAAGCCAGACCCCGCAGCAGCAGGUGGAGCUCUUUGACUUCUCGAAGUACCCGAAUUAUGUGUCUGGUGGAGGGGGCUUUGGUCCGGUUGCUGAUGAUGGCUAUGGUGUGUCAUACAUCAUCGUGGGAGAGCACUUCAUCCACUUCCACAUUUCUUCCAAGUUUUCCAGCCCCGAGACAGAUUCUCACCGUUUUGGGAAGCACCUGAGAGAAGCCAUGAGCGACAUAAUCGCCUUGUUUGGGCUCACAGAGAAUUCCAAAAAGUAAUUCCCCUGGCACCGCUGUGAAGGGAAACAGACUCUUCUGAAACAAACCAAAUGAAGACUAGAUAGUAAUCCUGGGGGUGGUUCAGGAUGGAAGUUGCUCUUAGAAAAGUCAGAGGUUUUCCUUCCAGAAAGGGCUUGUUGUUUCUGUCUCCCCAGAGCGGUAGGCACACUGCGUGAAGUGCAUCCCUACAGCUUCCGGGUUGACCCUGGACACAGAACCCCCGAGGCUUUGCACCUGCUUGUACUUAUUAAGGGAUUAGAGUGUUACUGAGUUAAUGAAGGCAUUAGUGGGGUUGUGGCUUCACAUGCAUUGGACAUGUAAAUGACAUGCUUCCUUGGAGGUGACCAAGUACCUGGUACUUCCUUGUCAUAGCAGCGUAAACUUCUGUCUCAUGAAAAAGAAUGUUCUUCCCGUUGGCAGUGAUGACCGUUCGAGCUAACACACAAUGCACUAACUGAAAACGCCAUGGUUGGGGUUUGUCGCUGGGGGUGAUGGUCCUCAGUUUGGUAGCCUAUGACUGCAGCUCCAUGCUUGAAGCAGGUCAUAGACCUCAGCCUUAGAGUUCCUGAGCCUGUAUGUCUUCAAACCCAGUGCCUUAAAGAGGAAGGCCCUCGGGAUGGGGUGAGGGAGGGGCAUAGGAAAUGUUUAUUUUGUGCCAUCUCUGGGUGAAACUGGGGCUGGGGGUUGUCGCUCCCUUCUCAGUUCGUUGAGUGUGGCUAACCCUAAAUAAGAGUUUGCUGUGGCUCCCUUCCCCCACAGGGGUGGGGAGUCCCCCUGCUAGGGGUGGUGAUGCUGGGGUCCCCUCCUUGGCCACCCUUUUCUGUCUUUUGUUAAGCAACAAAAGAAAUCAGUUGUGUCAGAAAGGGGAACAAAGGACCCAAUGGCCAGAUAGUACAGAUCUGGAGACAUACUGAAGAAUAAACUACUAUGUGUGCCUCAGGGUGAACGUGUCCCAUCGCUAACAGGGAGGAGAGCAAGACUCUGGCCACAGGGAUAGUAGUGGAGCUUGAGGGAGGGCUGGUCAGCCUCACCAGGGCCUGGAGACCAGGGCCUGGACACAGGAUUUCCUUCUGAUCCCACCUGGUCAGAGAAGACCUGCUCGUGUUUCCAGAAGAGCUGGAGGUGGCUGGAAAUAGGCUGGGUCCUCAGGGUGACAAACCCAAGUGUCCAGGUGAUGGGGCUCGGUCCACACAGCCCAUCCUUAGCUAGGAGUGCCUUUAUCAAAAGCGCCUGAUCGACCACAAAGCAGUUAUGCACUGAUCAUCCUUCAUAUUUUACCGUAGACAUAAAGAUCAUGGAGUGACAUUCCCACGGCCUCGGGUCCAGCCUGUUGUGACAAGCUUAGGUGUCCGUUUUUUAAAUGUGUAUUUAUUUUUCUGACCACUUUGUCCUCACUGGCUUUGCCCCCUUCUUACUUCUGUGCUCUGGUGGAACAAAAGUGCAGGUGGAGUAUGGGAGUAGAUACAAGGCACUUGCUAAUGAACAGAUACACACUUAUUUAUGUAUAUUUUGCAGUGUAAAAAUGCCACCUAAAUGGGCCAAAGAUUUUUUUCCUCUUAAAGGCAAAAAAGGAAUAAAAAAAAAAAAGUAACAUUCCCCCUAAUCUUCUGCAGUGUACAGUGAGGCAUGUUUGGUGAGAAAUUAACCCCUCUGCCCAGGCCAAGUAUAAGUUCCAGCCAAGAGGCAGCAGCCAGUGGCAGUUUCUAUCCAAGCCACCUAGAAUGUGAAGUAGUGACCACCGGCCAGUUACCAUGCGUUCACAGAUGAAUUUGAGUGUAGACAUGUUAGUGCUCAAAGGUCUUUGGGCCUCUUUCUCAGGUUUUAAAUGUUUCAAAUGUAAUUGUUGCUAAUCAGUGCAGUUUAUCAAUGCAGUUUUAUAUUCGAUAGAAGAAAGAAGACUGGGUUUUUAUUGUACAUGUGAAAAGGGGGAGGUAAAGAGUAUUAUGUAUUUAAUUCGGAACAAAUGAUAGUCUUAAUGUAGCCACUGUUAGAAUUUGUUACCUUAAUCUGUCCUUGGCGUGUAAAUACCAUAUGCUUUCUGGAUAUGUCUUAUACAUGCAUGAUGUGAAUGUAGGUUAUCGCUAAUAAAGCAUUAAUCCCUGUCUACUACA